CAUAUUUUGUUCGAAACUGUCGCACCUGCAGGAACAAACAUUUCCAUUAAAAACGACUUCCGGAACCAUGGAAAAUAUGUAAACAACAUGGCUACUGUAAAGACUAUCGAUGUCACUUCAGUGACUGGGUUGCCUCCAAAACCAAAUCAUAUGAUACCAAAGUUCCAUAACAGAAGUAACCUUUUCCCAUCAACAUUUACAAAUAAGUUGUAUGAAGAAAAGCAAAUCAACUCAAGUCAAAGACAAGCAUGGUCAGCUGAUCUUCGAAAAAGAUCUCAAGUAGAAAAUAUUUGUGUAGACACUAAAUAUAAUUUGGAUGCAAGUAAAACUACGGUAAAGCAAGUGAAAAGUGUCCCACGUAGAAGACCUUUCAGUGCAAAAGCCAGAUUAGAGAGUUUAUCAUCAAAGCCACCAAGAACAAAGCUUGCACAUGACAAUGUAUCAGUGGAGUCAGUUCAUGGUUCAUCAAAAAACACAUGCAUGGAACUAGUACCAGUUGGUGGUAAAGAGGUACCAGUAGUUGACAUUGGAGACAAUGCACCAUUUCCUACUUAUCAUUACUUAUUGAAUUCUAAAGAAAAAUAUGUGUCAGAUGAUACAAAACCUUUCCUCCCUGGUUUGGCUGACAAUAGAGUUCCUCCACUGGCCCUUAACCAGGCCUCAGAGGCUCCGGUCUCAAUCACAGCUGGUCCAUCAAUAAAACCAAUGGUACAUGGUCUAAAUUCUCAUCAGGUUAUUUUUGGGACAGACAAUGAUGGACAACCACAAGAUAUAAAAUAUGACCUUAGGAAACCAAAAGUUUUUAUAAAACAAGAAAGACCUUUGCCAUCAACAUUAGAACCAUUAAGACCUUGGUUAACAGAGGAUAAGAGUAUACCAGGCAUCAAUGACUGUAUAAUAUUUCUACCAUCCAUGGACAAUUAUAAAGACUUGCCAGAGGUACCUCCACCACAUAGUGUUCAAGAUGAUCUACCAUAUACAACAAAACUACCAGGUCCACAGCAAAUAGCAACAAAGAAAUAUCAUCAUCCAGCUUUUGAUAAGAAGCAUGUUGAAGAUUGGGUGUGUAAUCACAGUCGACCAGGGUCAUCUCAAAGAACUGAUCAUCAAAACUAUCAUACAAGAUACAGAAAUGUUGGUGACAUUAGAGAAGAAAUCAUAGAAUUAGAAAAUUUAAUGCAAGGGUUAGGAAAUUUAGAUUCAGAUUGUGGAAUGGUGAAAUUCCAGGGGGAGAUAGACAGAUUCAGACAAAUGUACAAGGACACAAUGAAAAUGGUCCCAGAGAGAUUACUUCACUCGCCUAAAGAUCCUGACACAUUUGGUGUCAAGGAGUUUUUGAAACAACAUGUAGAUAUAAUGAAUGAAAUACAUAGGAAACACACACUUUGUCUGGAAGAACUGAGGAUCAUAGAGGCUGAAGCAGGAAUAGAUAGUAGUCGCAAAUAUUUCAAACAUCGUACAGUACCUCCUGACACAUGAGUCACAUGACUGAUUGUGUGAAUUGUUAGUGCUAGAGUGUUGUCCCAGUAAAAUGAUAAGAUGUUUUGUGUGGUGAAUAAAUUAGUGUUUGUAACAAGAAGUGACGAAACACUGAAGUAAAUGAGGUAUUCUGGAAGAUAUAUGGAAAGGGGACAUAUCUUUAUGUUCAACACAGUUAUGUAGAAAGUUAACGUAGAAAAAGAUUAAAAGGUAGAGACCAGACAUUAAAUAAGAAAAAGCAAUUAUGAAAGAUUAUUCAGAUGAAGAAGCUGUAGAACACUUGUUAGUUUACCACCUGUUCAAUAAGACAUACUUCAAGGACAACACGAAUAAGGUUACUUGUACAAUAGCAAAUACAAGUACCUUCCACAAGAAACUAAAGAGGGUGAAAAGUUAAGGAAUAUAUGUCAAAAAGACAAAAAAAGUUGAAUAUUAUAUGAAGAUGAAUAUCGCUUUAGAAUGCAAAGAAAACAUAACACGUAGUAGAAGAGAUAGUCUAGUUUACACAAACAAAAUUUAGCAUUGCAGUGAAAUGUUGUUAAAUUUAUAAUCAUCAAAUACAAUCAUUGUUUAUGUGUUUCAACAUAAAAUCUAAUGCACUGAUGAUCACAAAAGUCAAAUCAAGUUAAAUUUCUUCAUAUCUUAUUUGGAGAAGAUGUUAUAAUGUUAUUAGUAAGCAGCAGAUCAUUUAAAAGAUGUUACAAGCUUCCAACAGUGUAGGAGAAUUUUGUAUUACAGUGAACUGCCAUAUCAUUUAAUAGUUAUCACAAGCUUCCCUCAGUUAAGGAGAAUUUUGUAUUGCAGUGAACUGCCAUAUCAUUUAAUAAUUAUCACUAGCUUCCCUCAGUUAAGGAGAAUUUUGUAUUGCAAUGAAUUGCUGUUUGAUAGAAAAUCAUCAAAUACAAUCAUUGUUUAUGUGUUUAAACAGAAAAUCUAAUGCAUUGAUGAUCACAAAAGUCAAACAUUUUAAAUGUUUUUCAUGUCACAUUUAUAGAAGAUGUUAUAUUGCUUUCAGUAAACAGCAGAGUAUUUGAA